AUGCUUUUGCAGAUUGCCUCGGAAGUCAUUACAAAUUUAAAAAUUGAUGCAAGAAUUGCAGAUAUGGAAUUGAUAAAAAUGAUUGCAAAUUAUAUUUUAAUAAAAUUGAUUUUCUGAAUCUACCUUUAUCUCAAGAAAAAUGAUAUGAUAUCAGCAUUUAUAAGAAUUUGAUUGUGAAAAAACAAAUCCAUCCCAUCUUUUUUCUUGGAAAAUGAAGGCAACAGAAUAUGAUGCAAAUUGAAAUGUGCCUAG